UAUUUAUUUCGCGCCAUUAUUUGUUUCUUAUUCAGAGCAGAAACUUUUUGUUGAUUCCUUACAACGUGUCUGCUACUUUUUACGUUUUGAAUUCAGCAUGGCUUGUCAAUUAGUGCACGAUCUAUAUAAUGCUGAUGGCUCUCCUAAAGCUGGCAAAGAUGUGACCCUUGGAGAUGUCCUUAUUGAGGGUAAAACCAAAAUUGUCUAUGACCUGCCAUCUUACAAAGGGUGUGUUGCCAUAAAGUCCAAAGACAGAAUCACAUGUGGAGAUGGUGCAAGAGCUCAUGACAUGGAAGGAAAAGCAGUCAUUUCAAACUCCACCAAUUCUUCCCUCAUGAAAAUACUCAAUGAUGCUGGUAUUCCAACGCACUUCCUUGGUAAAUGGUCUGACAAUGUUUUCCACGCUCACCGAUGCUACAUGGUACCUAUUGAGUGGGUUACUCGACGUGUGGCUACAGGUUCCUUCCUCAAGCGUAACCCAGGGGUUACAGAAGGGCAUAGAUUUUCUCCUGUUAAAUUGGAAACGUUUUACAAGGAUGAUGCCAAUCAUGACCCUCAGUGGAGCCGGGAACAGAUAAUUUCUGCCAAAAUUCAGUGUGGUGACAAAGUUAUUGGUGCUGAUGAUGUUGACAUCAUGGAGAAGAUGACUGUUCUUAUUUUUGAAAUUUUGGAAAAGGCUUGGACUGGUGCUAACUGUGCACUCAUUGAUAUGAAGAUAGAAUUUGGAGUGUCUGCUGGAACUGGUGAUAUUGUACUGGCUGACAUUAUUGACAGUGACUCGUGGCGCCUUUGGCCUUCUGGAGACAAACGCUUGAUGGUUGACAAACAAGUCUAUCGUGACAUGGCUGAAGUCACCAAAGACGGCAUGGAAACUGUUAAAAGAAAUUUCCAGUGGGUAGCUGAAAAAGUCAAGGAAAUAAUGCCAAAGAAGGUGUCUCAGGUCGUGGUAUUCAUGGGUUCGGCUUCAGAUAUGGCUUUCUGUCAAAAAAUUCAAACCUAUUUAGAGAAACUGCAUCUUCCUUGUUCAAUGCGUGUAACAUCUGCUCACAAAUGUACUGAAAGUACUCUCAAACUCCUUGCUGAAUAUGAAGGCGAAGGUAUUCCCACUGUGAUAAUAGCAGUUGCUGGUCGAAGUAAUGGGCUUGGUCCUGUGUUGGCUGGUAAUACUAACUUGCCAGUUAUCAAUUGCCCUCCCCUCUCUUCAAACUGGGAGCAAGAGGAUCUUUGGUCAUCUUUGAGAUUACCAUCAGGACUUGGUUGCGCUACUGUAAUUUUCCCUGAAGCAGCAGCGAUUCAUGCUGCCCAGAUUUUGGCACUGUCCAAUGAGAGGCUUUGGGCUAAAAUGCGAGUGUUGACAUUCAAGAACUGGCUGGGAGUAAAGAAGUCUGACAUUAGCAGUCGUAUUUGCUAAUUUUGUGUUUGGUUGUGAACAAACCUAUUUUCCCUUAUAAACAAUUUUUAAAAAUUGUUUUUGAAUUCAUAUCACUAUCAAUAUUUUCUCUUUUGUUCAAGAUGAAAUAAAGCAAUCUCUUUUUCUA